AUGUCGAUGGAUGAGCUAGAUAUUGAUUUCGAUGAUAUUCUAAAUCCUGAGGAUGAGUAUUAUCAACAAGGUUACAAAGAAGGACAGGAGCAAAGUGCUAGACAGCAGUUGCACGAAGGCAAGCAAUUUGGAUAUCAAACAGGGUAUCAGCGGUUUUUGAUUGUGGGGUAUAUCCAGCAACUAGUGGAUGAUUGGGAAAGAAGUGGGGCUGGGGACAAGUACGACAAUUGGACCCAGUUGCAAAUGCAUAUUAGUCUGCUCAGAGAUUUGAUUGGUGGUAUUAAGACGAGUAAUGAGGACGAUGAUGUGGCGGUAUAUGAGAGCAAUUUGAAGAAGGCAAGAAAUAAAUUGAGGGUUAUUGUAGGGAUGACUAGGGAGUUUUGGAAGAUCAAUACUUUGGAUAAGAUUGUUGAGGAAGUUGGUGGUACGUUACAAGUGAGUGAAAAUUUGGAUGAAAUGUGGUAG